AUGGAUAUAACACAUAGAUUAAUAAAUUCUCAUGGAAAGAUAUUUGUGGUUACAAAUAAUGGAGAGAUUAUUUCGUUGUUAGAUUAUCCAGACGUGGCUUCAAUUAGAAACCCUUCAGUGAAGGCCUUGACUAAAAUUAAUAUAAUUCCGGAGAAUAAUGUUUGUCACGCAAUUUAUAAUAUAAAUGUUUACUUAGACUCUAUUAAAAGAACUCAACUUAUUAUAUUGCAUAACGCUAUUCAAGUAUCGAGACAUCGUAAUAAUCAUACCAUAGAAAAAUCUAGUAAAUGUGAACGAGUAUUAGAAUACAUCUGGGCUCGAAAAAAAGUGAUGGAAGUUCAAGAAUUAAUACCUUCUACAAAUUCUUGUACACCAAAAACAAUGACGAUACAUUGGCCAAAUAAUAUAAAUGUUCUUGAAUCAACAUAUCAAGCAACUUUUGUAUUUGGAGAGAAGAAGCAUAUCAUAUCGAGCAACUUUUGUAUUUGGAGAGAAGAAGCAUAUUGUAGCUGGUCUCGAGAUGUUAAUCAAAUUGAAUAUUUAGAUAAAUUCACACAAAAAUUAUCAUCUAUUUUACAUACUCUAAAAAGAGGUGAUUCGACAGUAAUUUUAAAAUAUUUAAUAGAUUAUUAUGCUGAUAAUGCUAAAGAAUAUAAUAAUUAUGGUUGGAUGUUUACUCUUAUAAAUAUAACGAUUUUUCAAGAUGUUGAUAAAUCUUCCCGUCUUGAUAAUCAUUAUGGGCAUUUCCUCUCAUCAAUAAAAACUGUAUUCUUUUGGACCAAUGAACAAUGGGAUCAAUUAGAUCAAUGGGUAGUUUUGCUGUAG